GUUGGAACCAAACCGUCCCUCACAUGGUUUCCGGGGAGAUUGUAUAGCAGUGUUGUUCUUGAACACAUCGCCUGCUCCACAGCCCGGACUCCCGGGUAAAUUUCUACAGAUACAAGACCACAAAUUCUUCAUCUGUGUCUGUAUUUGAAUAACUAACAGCAGCAGUUGAGAGCUCCAGUCUGCCAGCAGAGACAGAGGAGGGAUGUCGCGCGGUGAGCUGGAAAAGCUGGACCCGGCUGUUUUCCAGAAGCAGUUGCACAGUCUGGAAUUUAGCAUGGACGAAGAAGGGGAUAGUAAUAAGUGCAUUGACACUGACUCGGACGCAGCUGACCAGAAGGAUGGUUCGAAGUGUAAAGUCAAAUGGACUCAGGAAGAAGAGGAAAAUCUCAAAAUCCUGAUCAACAAUUUUGGAAAAAAAGAUUGGAAAACCAUUGCAAUUUUUUUACCAGGGCGGACAGAAUCUGACUGUGUGCACCGCUGGAAAAAGCACCUGGAUCCUGAUUUAGUCAAGGGCUUCUGGACCAAAGAGGAAGAUGAAAUGAUAGUAGAGCUGGUGGGCAAGUACGGCAAUAAACAGUGGUCUUUGAUUGCCGGGCACCUGAAGGGACGUUUGGGAAAACGGUGCCGUGAGCGCUGGCACAACCACCUCGACCCACUUAUCAAAAAGAGCUUAUGGACCGAUGAAGAAGACCUCAUCAUCCAUAAAGCCCACACCAUCUUGGGAAACCGGUGGGCUGAGAUUGCCAGGCUGCUCCCUGGAAGGACAGACAAUUCUGUGAAAAAUCGCUGGAACUCCACCAUCAAGCGGAAAGUAGAUUUGGGCUUGUACAAAGACCUAGCUGACAGCAUUUCCCUUGAUAUUCAGAACUUUGUGGAAGGAGAGUUGGACUUCAAAUGUGACGUUGUAUUAGACACUGAACCAGUAACUCCAAAAGUGAUAAGGCCAGAAAAAGAAAAGAAGCAGGAGUGUCAGAAGAAAGUCAGACCGAAGACGCCCACUCCGCUUCCACAGACUGUAGCAUCCAUGAGUCCCUCCUUGCCCCGCAGUUCAAGUUCCAGUCCCAGCUCGAGCUCAAGUGCUGCUCCGGCACCUGCGCCAGUGGAACAGAAACAGUUUGUGACUGCAGCACUGAGGAUGAUCGCGGAGGACAUGCUGCCACUCAGUUUUAUUGAAGGUGCAGGCUUCAGGUCCUUCAUGAGUACCGUCCGGCCUGAAUGCAACAAGCUGUCCCAGCGUGUCAUGGGCCUACAACUCUAUGAUGAUGUGGAGAGAACCAUCAAGCCUCAGCUCAUUCGUGACCUUAAAGCUUGCCUUGCCAAAUCCAAAGAUGGUGAGAGCGCCAUUCACGUGACCUUUGACCUUUGGGCAGGGGAUGAUGCCCAUCCAGUGGAGGAUCCCAUAGUCGUGGUGCAGCUCCACUUUGUCAGUGAGUCCUGGCAGAUCCGCCGUCCCAUUGUGGCCUUCCGCCACCUCAGCCACAAAAACCUCAGCACGGCUGUGGCCAGGGAGCUUGAAGGUGUUCUGCUGAGCUACGGCAUAUUUCCUCGCAGCAUCGGCUACGUCCUCACCAACCAGGCCAAAGAAACCCUGGCCGGGAACAGUUUGUUCUGCGACUAUAAGAUCAUGUGCUCAUCCAGCAGGGGAGAACCAGAUGGAGAUGAGAUGGUGUCAUUUCUGUCGAACCAGAUGCCUGGAACAGAAUCCCCUUUUUCAGAGCUACAGAUUGGGAACAGGGCCACCUGUGUGGCCCAAACAUUGCAGCUUGUGAUUAAAGAGGCACUGCAGAACUCCAGGGUUGUGGAAAAUGUAAUCUCCCAGGUCCACAACGUGGUGGCUUUUUUUAGGAGCAGCGCCUACUGGAGCGAGGUUUUGAUGAAGGAGUGCAACGUGUCCCUGUGCCCUUCCUCCAGUAGCUGUCGCUGGAACUCCAUGAUGCUGUCUUUACGGCGUAUGGUGCAGGAGUCCACCUGGAGUGCCAUCAUGACUCUCUUAGCUCAGGCUCGCAUAGAGGCCAACGACACAGCCAGUGUCCCGCCUUUGGUCAUGGCCAAGAGGGAGCAAGUGAUCGACAUCCUGGGUCUUCUUGAGCCUUUUGAGGAGGCCUUGCAGGUACUGCAAGGAAAUGGAGUGACUUUUUCUUUCAUCAUACCGUCCCUCAUCGGCCUUGAUAAGGCUCUGGAGAGCCUCGUCACUAACUACACCCACUUCAACAAGGCCCUGCGCACUGGCCUCCACACACACUUCCAGUCCAUGAUUCAACAGAAGGACAUGAUAAUAGCUGCUGUGCUCGACCCGAGGAUCAAACUGCAGCCGUUUCCUGAUGCCAAACAGGAGGUGGACAUCACAGGUUUCCUAUCGCCACCACCAAAGCAUCUGGCGCGCACCAUUGUGGAAGCCGCAGUGGAAAGCAUGGGGGCCUCAGCAUCUCCCCCUGUUGAGGCAGAUAAAGACCAGACAAGCAAAGAGGUCAACCAGCAGAAUGGCGAAGAGAAGAGCCAAGACAGCGUGACGAUGGAGGUAUCUAGUGGCAGCUCCGACGACAACAACUCCGACGGACUCAGCGGGAACAACCUCAAGCGUAAGUCCAUCUUCAACUUCCUCCAGCCGGCUGCAAAGAGCAUGAAGACAUCAGAGCUCGAUGUGUACCUAUCAGAACCGCUGUGGGAAAGCAACUCCAGCGUGUUGUUCUGGAAAUCUGCCACUCGGUUUCCUCUGCUUCAGAGAAUCACCAAGAACCUGCUGGCAGUGCCGGCUACCUCGGGGGGCUUCGAUCGGCUGUGUCCCAUGGCAGCGUGCAUCGUGAGAGCCAAGAGGAGCCGCCUGCCAUCUCACACCACAGAGAGACUGCUUCUAUACAAAAACUCUUUAAAGACCAAGACUGGUAAAAAGCCCAGUGGGGUCACUAAACACUGAUUGGUUAUGUGACAAUUGGGUCUGGUUAUUCUGUCCUCCACCACUGAUUCUACAUACUAUGCUUUAAAAAAUGAAGGUAUCCCCCUCAAAUACAUGUCUUCAAAACACUGGAUUAAACCAACUGAAUUCAGCAUCAUUUGAACAUCGCAGCAGUAGUCAACAGCAGCAAUAUAUAAUAUACUAAAAGUAUAUUGACAAAGAGUAGCUUGAGGAUCUCUUUGGUUAAAAUAGCAAGAUACUGUAAUACAGCACAAACUAUUCCUCUGCUAGUGGAUUGAGUGAAAUGCAACUUCUUUGCUCUUCACAUAAAGCAGCUCGACUGCAUUCCAACAGUAUUGACUUGAGCAUAAUUUACCGUGUAAAAAAUGUUUUCCUGAAAUUGUUAAAAAAAAGAUGCUACACUCAAUAACAUUGCUUAAAAUCACAACUCUAACAUCAGUGUGUGUUUCUGUUUAUGCAGCAAUUGGAUAAUAAUUGCUCUAGGCAGGUAAAUCAGCAUGCAUGGCUUCUCAGUACCCUAAGGCAAAAUGUACAGUGCAUUUUCUACAUUUUUGGAAUCCAUUUUUGUCCCUUCCUUGUUAUUUAUGCUGUGUGUUUAUGCAAGUGCAGAUAUACUGUGUAUUUGGUCACCUGGAAGUACAUUGAACAAGCUUUUUGUUGAAAGCCAUGUUUAUUUUCUUAGUCUUUCUCAAAUUGUUUAUAUUUUUCUGUUUUUGGUCAGCGAUGCUUGAAAGGUGCCCUUAAUUAAAUGUUUUCUCAAGAGUCUUGUUGAUGAACUGUUUCUGAUCUUAACUGAAUUGUAACUUGUGAUGGGGGAUCAAUGGGAAAGAUAAUUCUGAACUAAAGUUCACAUUGAAUGACAGCUAACUGAUGUAUUGCAGCGAUGAUCGUCCAUAUUGUACCAAUAAUAUAAUAAUAACACCAGUGUGAACUUAAAUCCUGUGAUUUUGCAUAUCUCCACAUGGACAUAUCAUUUUUAUGAAAUAAUAAAGCUAUGUUCUCUU